UUUCCCCUUUAAACCCUCGUUGGUGUGGCGUUAACUAUGCCAGAGCCUGCGAAAUCCGCUCCUGCGCCCAAAAAGGGCUCCAAAAAAGCUGUGACCAAGGCCCAGAAGAAGGAUGGCAAGAAGCGUAAGCGCAGCCGCAAGGAGAGCUACUCCAUCUACGUGUACAAGGUGCUCAAGCAGGUGCACCCCGACACGGGCAUCUCGUCCAAGGCCAUGGGCAUCAUGAACUCGUUCGUCAACGACAUCUUCGAGCGCAUCGCGGGCGAGGCGUCGCGCCUGGCGCACUACAACAAGCGCUCGACCAUCACGUCCCGCGAGAUCCAGACGGCCGUGCGCCUGCUGCUGCCCGGCGAGCUGGCCAAGCACGCCGUGUCCGAGGGCACCAAGGCCGUCACCAAGUACACCAGCUCUAAGUGAGCCCCUGCCGGGACGCCUCCCUA